AUGGCGGAGCAGAUCUCAGAGCCCCUGCGGCCGGCCCGCAAACCUGUUCGUUUGAUUCCGUCCCAGAUUGACAAGGAAUCGAUCACCAGCCAACCUAAGGCUCGAGACAGCCCGCUGAAAAGAGUGAGGAGGGAUCUGCAAACAUGUCUUCAGCUGCUCCCAAAGCUUCCAAAUAUAUUCCAGCCCCUGCGUGCUCGCAGGCCGACCGACGAACUGUACCUCGGGAAACGGAAUGUAGUAAAUCUGGCUGGCUUGGUGCUAGUCUCUUUACUUGAGGUAGUUCUCCUGCUUUUCUCCUGUCUGUCGACGCUGCUCCUGCCUGGAGCCAUUAGCUAUUGGAUAUGCCUAUUAAAUCUCCGGAUCGCAAGUUGGACCUGUGCCCCGUUCCACGGGCCAACCAUUUACCACGCCGGGCUGGGUCCAUAUAACGCUAGGGAGGCUAUGGGAGAAGAACAUUGGAUAUUCAUCAACGGGGUUGUAGUAACUUCUUAUGGGCUCGAGCAGAAUUGCAGACAACUGGCCCAGACAUUCCGGCGUCCUAUCACAGGCAUUCAGAACCGCACUUAUGGCCUCGUUGGGGACUUACUCGAGUGCAUUAUCCAACGUACAUUCUCGUAUAAUACUUACGACGCCCGAGUCGCAUAUGACCAUCUCAAGAAGGUACUAGUCGACCCAAGAAUUCGGAAGGUUAUCCUAAUCUGCCACUCUCAGGGCGCGAUUGUCGCCUCGCUCGUGCUGGACAUGCUGUUUGCGGACCUGUCAGUGAAACAGAUGCAGAAACUAGAAAUCUAUACCUUUGGAUCCGCCGCGGAGCACAUCAGCAAUCCUUUGUGCAGUACUGGCAAAGGAGGGGUGAUCAAACAUAUCGAGCACUAUGUCAACAAAAAUGACCCCAUUCCCCAGUGGGGAGUUCUGCGUAACAUAGACGACGUUGAGAACAGGUAUGCUGGGCGGGUUUUCAUCCGUGAGGAUGGUCGAGGGCAUUUGUUUAAUCAGCACUACCUGUCUCAGAUGUUCCCUCUCGAAGGGGAAACCGCUUCCAGCAAGGCAAACUUCCUCAACCAGCCCGUCCAUGUCGACGAAGGAAUAACGGAGGCUCGCCGCUUACUUGUCCACAAAAAGACGGGCGGCUUGUCCCCCAAGGACUCUUCUAAUCCAAGUGGAACCGGAGCCAGGGGAGCGAUUGGCUUUUUAACAGGGCUCCCAGUUAGAGAAGUAAGCAGGCUGUGCCAGUACAUGGGAGGCAGGGAGCCAGAAGCUAGCGCAAGCAACGGGGAAAUAUUAAAGUGCUCCAUACGGAGUUCAAAUAGUCUAUAG